AAAAUCAAAUCUUUCUCAUCCAUCUCCCAAAACGAACACUCAACUCACAGAGUCGCAACACACACACAAGAACCCAAAACAAAAGAUUGCGAAAACUCAAGUUUUUUGAACUCGAGGCUUGGGUAUGCAUUAUCCUAACAACAGAACCGGAUUCGUCGGAGCUCCAUCUUCAACCCGGAUCCGGUACCAGAAGGAGCAGUUGUCACCGGAGCAAGAGCUUUCAGUUAUAGUCUCCGCUUUGCAGCACGUCAUGUCAGGUGAAAAAGAUACGGCGCCGUUUCAGGGUUUCUCCGGUGACAGCACAGUGAUCAGCGCGGGAAUGCCUCGGUCCGAUUCCGACACUUGUCAAGUGUGUAGGAUCGAAGGAUGUCUUGGCUGCGACUACUUUUUCACCCCAAAUCAGAGGGUUGAAAAGAUUCAACAAGAAGAAGAGAUUACUAGCGGUAGCAGAAGAGAGAGCCCGACUGCCCCGGCGGCGAAGAAAGCGGAAGGCGGCGGGAAAAUCAGGAAGAGGAAGAACAAGAAGAAUGGUUACAGAGGAGUUAGGCAGAGACCUUGGGGUAAAUUUGCAGCUGAGAUCAGAGAUCCUAAGAGAGCCACACGUGUUUGGCUUGGUACUUUCGAAACCGCUGAGGAUGCCGCUCGAGCUUAUGACCGUGCCGCCAUUGGAUUCCGUGGGCCGCGGGCUAAACUCAACUUCCCCUUUGUGGAUUACACUUCUUCUGUUUCAUCUCCAGCUGCUGCUGAUGAUGUGGGAGCAAAUGCGAGUGUAAAUGCGAGCGCGAGUGUAAGCGCCACCGACUCUGUUGAAGCAGAGCAAUGGCGCGGACGAGAAGGAGGAGAUUGCAAUAUGGAGGAAUGGAUGAAUAUGAUGAUGAUGAUGGAUUUUGGGAAUGGAGAUUCUUCGGAUUCAGGAAACACUAUUGCUGAUAUGUUCCAGUGAUAGAUUUGAUUCUUCAGGUUGCCAAAAUUGAGCUCUUUCUUGUUGGCAUGUUUAUAUAGUUGAGUGCAACAAGAGUGCCACUAGC